AUGAUCCUGGUAUCAUUUAUCGUCACGGCCUUGACAGUGCUGGAGACCAUCCCGCCCUUGCAGUGGGUCGCCUCUCUGGGCUGGAAGAAGGCGUGUAUGCUGGCUUUCCUGCUGAAGUUGUUCUGGCUCCGGCUGUGUGUUGGACUGGCCAUGACGGCGAUCCGAAGCUGGUGCUUCGGGCGUCUGGGAGGUGUUGGACGUCCCCUCGAGCUGUGGCUUGAUGCAUUGUGCAUGUUCAGGGACUUCCUGGUCUCGCUGAUCAUCUUCCUGGCCUUGUCACCACUGGUGUUUUUGUCCGGCCUUUCUGAAUUCCUAUGUCCAACGUUCAGCAUUCACCACCUCAUCAUCUACAGGCAGCCCGGGCACACUGAUCGCGAGAAGCUGGACUACGAUCCUUUCGUGGCCCGGAUGUGCUUCGAUUGCCACGAAGAUGAGGAUUCGGAGGAUGGCUUGCCUACCAACAGUGAUGACGCCCAAUGUGUUGCAUGUCACAACUGCAAACAACUGCACAACCGUGCCCACAGUAGGUCGACAUGGCUGCACAUGCUCAUGUAA